AUGGAUUCCGCUGCAGCUACACUGGAGCUCAAGGACAACACGGUUAUCGUGGUCCUCGGUGCUUCUGGUGACCUUGCAAAGAAGAAGACCUUCCCCGCGCUGUUCGGCCUUUACCGCAACCAAUUCCUGCCAAAGGACGUCAAAAUCGUCGGAUAUGCGCGGACGAAGAUGGAUCACGAGGAGUACCUCAAGCGAGUCAAGUCCUACAUAAAGACACCCACCAAGGACAUGGAGCGGCAACUGGCUGAGUUCUGCGAGCAAUGUAGCUAUGUGUCUGGCCAAUACGACCAGGACGACGCCUUCCUCCAACUCAACAAACACCUGGAAGAGCUCGAAAAGGGCCGAAAGGAGACCCAUCGUCUAUUUUACAUGGCUCUCCCCCCAAGCGUCUUCACAGUCGUCUCGCAGCAUCUGAAGAAGUGCUGCUACCCCAAGGAAGGCAUUGCUCGCGUUAUUGUCGAGAAGCCGUUUGGAAAGGACUUGGAGAGCUCGCGCGAGUUGCAGAAGUCCUUGCAACCUGACUGGAAAGAGGACGAGCUCUUCCGCAUCGAUCACUACCUCGGAAAGGAGAUGGUGAAGAACAUUCUGAUCCUUCGAUUCGGUAACGAAUUCUUCGGUGCCACAUGGAACCGACACCACAUCGACAACGUGCAAAUCACGUUCAAGGAGCCUUUUGGAACGGAGGGCCGAGGUGGCUACUUUGACGAGUUUGGAAUCAUCCGAGAUGUCAUGCAGAACCAUCUGCUCCAAGUCUUGACACUUCUCGCCAUGGAGCGGCCCAUCUCGUUCUCGUCAGAGGACAUUCGCGAUGAGAAGGUUCGCGUACUACGGGGCAUCCCAGCCAUCGAACCCAAGAAUGUCAUCAUCGGCCAGUACGGAAAAUCACUGGACGGCAGCAAGCCUUCCUACAAGGAGGACGACACGGUUCCCAAGGACUCGCGGUGCCCUACCUUCUGCGCCCUCGUAGCCUACAUUAAGAAUGAGAGGUGGGAUGGUGUCCCAUUCAUCAUGAAAGCUGGAAAGGCAUUGAACGAGCAGAAGACGGAGAUUCGAAUCCAGUUCAAGGAUGUUACUAGCGGUAUCUUCAAGGACAUUCCUCGGAACGAACUCGUCAUGCGCAUUCAGCCUAAUGAGAGUGUUUACAUCAAGAUGAACUCCAAGCUACCAGGUCUGAGCAUGCAGACGGUUGUGACGGAGCUUGAUCUGACCUACCGGCGACGAUUCUCGGACUUGAAGAUCCCCGAGGCCUACGAGUCGCUUAUCCUGGACGCGUUGAAGGGCGACCACUCGAACUUUGUGCGAGAUGACGAGCUCGAUGCCAGCUGGAGGAUCUUCACACCUCUGCUGCACUACCUCGACGACAACAAGGAGAUUGUCCCGAUGGAGUACCCUUACGGCUCGCGAGGACCGGCGGUGUUGGACGACUUCACUUCGUCCUAUGGAUACAAGUUCAGCGAUGCCACUGGCUACCAGUGGCCGAUGACAUCGGCGGCACCUCCUAACAAGUUGUAA